AUGUCAUCCACUGGUCGAAAUAUCGAUAAAUCAUUAGAACUUAUUCAAAAGACAUAUAAUUUACAAACAACAACAAAUAAUAAUGAAGGUUCUUCUCAAACUCAUCCAUCUAUAAUUAAAGUAUCAACUCAUCAACCAUCGAGAAAAACAUCUGUUCAUGAUAUACAUGAAGUUACCAAAUAUGAUCUUGAUAAAAUGUUUGGAGAAAUUCAAGAAAAUCUUUCUCGUUUAAAAUAUUUAUUAGAAACAAUGAAUUCUGUUUCAACAAUUCGUGAUGAUUUUUUUAAAUUAAAACAUCAAUUAUUUAAUAAAAUAACUGAUUUUAUUUAUAAAUUAGCUAAUGAAUCAGGAAAAAGAGCAUCAGUUAGUUCGAAAGCAAGUGCAUCAAAUAUAUUAUCUCAUCAUCCUCAAAAUCUUGUUUAUUGUAUUGAAUAUUUUCGAAAUGAACUUGUUAAAGCUCAAUAUUUAUUUUCUUCAUUAAUAUCAUCAGCUUCUAUUGGUUUAGCUACUUUAAAUAAUGUUACAAUAAAACCUUUUCCGAUUUCAAAUAUGGAUCAAAAAGCGGAAAAUAAUGAAGAUAUUCAAAAUAUGCAAGAUAUCAUGCAAAUAAAAGCAGACAUAUCAAUUUUAGAAGAACAUGCAUAUGUAUUAAAUCAACGUUAUUAUAGUCAAAUACCAGAUAUGCAUGAAUCAGAUGAUCUAUUAGAAAAAUCGUUGAUGGCUGCUGGUGGAAGAUUGAUCGAUUCAAAUCCAUUAAAUGUUCAUCGUUUACGAUUUGCUCCAAUAAAUGACAAAAUGUCGAGACGAUCUUCAUUAGCAUCAAAUGAAAAUUCAACCUUUUGUGAUCGAUUUUAUCAAAAAUGUCAAAUAAUCUGUUGCAUGUGUCGACCAAAUUAUUUAUAA